AUGGGCGAGGCCGUCAUGCGCGACCUCAUAGCGGAGCUGGAGGAGAUGCACUCCCACUACACGGUGCAGCGCUUCAUCAGCAGCGGCAGCUACGGUGCCGUCUGCGCCGGCGUGGAUGAGAACGACUGCGCGGUGGCGAUUAAGCGCGUGUUCAACACCGUCUCUGACGGCCGCACGGUGAACAUCCUCUCCGACCCGUUUCUCUGCAAGCGGGUGCUGCGGGAGAUCAUGCUGCUCAACCACUUCCACCACCCGAACAUCCUUGGCCUGAAGAACAUCUUUAUUCACCUGCAGCCGCCGAGCCAGCACAAGCUGUACCUCGUGACGGAGCUCAUGCGCACCGACCUGGCGCAGGUGAUCCACGACAAGCGCAUCCGCAUCUCCCCGCAGCACACUCAGUUCUUCAUGUACCACAUUCUGCUUGGGCUGCACGUGCUGCACCAGGCGGGCGUCGUGCACCGCGACCUUCACCCCGGCAACGUGCUGGUGGCGGAGAACAACGACGUUGCCAUCUGCGACUUCAACCUCGCCCGCGAGGACACGCAGGACCAGAACAAGACGCACUACGUCACACACCGCUGGUACCGCGCGCCGGAGCUUGUGAUGCAGUUCAAGGGCUUCACAAAGCUGGUGGAUAUCUGGUCCGCCGGCUGCGUGAUGGGGGAGCUGUUCAACCGCAAGGCCCUCUUCCGCGGCUCCACCUUCUACAACCAGCUAGACAAGAUUGUCGAGGUUGUGGGCACGCCGAACGACGACGACAUCAAGAUGUUCUCCUCCGCCCAGGCCCGCGACUACCUGCACAACUCGCUCUCCAACUGCAGGAAGCGGCCCUGGCAGGAGGUGGUGCAGACGUCCGACGGGAACGCCCUCGACCUCCUCGCCCGCAUGCUAGAGUUCAACCCGGCGAAGCGCAUCACGGCGGAGCAGGCGCUGCAGCAUCCCUACUUCGCCUCCCUGUACGACCCGCUCGACCUCACGGAGGCCCGCAGCGAGCCGUUCCACUUCCGUGAAGUCAACGACAUACCCACAAUGCACGAGAUGUUCCUUGAGGAGGUGCGGCGCUUCAACACACUGCGGGAGCGGCGGGACCUCAUCGCCCAGCAGCGGGCGGCGGCGGCGGCGGCGGCGACGCUCGCGAGCACGGAGAACGUCCUCGGCGCGGAUCACAUGCUCCGCACGCACAGUAUGAUGGAGGUGGCGGAGAUGGUGCAGAAGCCGUAG